AUGCUAUAUCUCCAUCAAUUGUGGAAAUUAAUUCCACAAGUAGUACAGAAGGUCUACAAGGGCAAAGUCAAAGAGAAAUUAUACCAAGAAAAGUUGGUCAAUAAUCAUACUUUAUCUAGUCCAUAUCUCGACUUUAUGGGAUACUUUAUUCCUUUGGUUUUCCGAAUCUUUUGGUCAGGUAGAACAAGUCUAGCUCGACGGGAACCCAUUGCAACCUUCCUUUGGAAGGUAGAGCAGUUUUCACCCGGGAUCCAAAGUAAUACAUCUGAAGAAUAUAAUUUCAAGCCAAAUUCUCGGCAUGCUCAAGGAAUUGAAUUAAUUUAUAGUAUUUAUUUUAUGGGUAUGAUGAGUGAUAGCACAUCGGAAGGAGUUCGAGACUCACCAGCAACAUCUCGCUUACAAAAUAUUGUGUAUUGUGUUACAUGGGAUACUUGCUUGGUAGCAAGAGACAAUAAACUACUUCUAAAGGAUUCGUUUUCGACACAAUAG